GGGGGGGGGAGAGAGAGAGAAAUGGAGGUUUUGACUAGAGAGAGAGAGUAGAGAGUAGUAGGAGUGUUGUGUGUGUAUUCCGUUAACAACAGCGGCGAUUUCUGAGGCGCUGUGUCGUGUAUUCUGUUUCGUCGGUUUGGUUGAGGGCCGAUUCACUCGCCCUUUGUUUCGCCCAAACUCCCAUAUCUUAUCGCCGAUUAAUACCCGAUGAGUAUUGUGUAAGGACAUUGAACAUUAUUCACUCUUUUCAUGCACAGCUCUCUCCCCCUCUGAUGCGCUCUGGGAUCGCUGAAGAUUUUGGGUUUGCAGUGAUAGCAGUAAAUGCUACUAUUCAAUUCCACUCCUAGAAGCUUAUAUAGGCCUUAAUCCCAGUGUUUAUAGCACUGCACAGCAUUUACGUCCGUAUACGUAUGCAUAUAUACACGUUUAUGACCUUCUGGUGUAGAAUUUGAUUUGAUGGAGCUGUAGAGAGGACUCUCGCUCAGAGCUCUUCUUAAUUGCUUCCUGUUGUUUUCGUCGAGGUUUAAUAUACAUGUGCAGUUCUUCACGUUUCACAGUGUUUACUAAGGAAGAGUGAAGGGAGGUUUUAGCAGCGGAGGAAUUGAAGAUUAGGAAAAUUACAUCUCGAGAGGGAGGUUUGGAGGAGGAAAUGGAGUCGUGCGAGGAGAAGAAUUGUUUGGACUCGCAGCUAUGGCACGCUUGCGCCGGCGGGAUGGUGCAAAUGCCUCCGGUGAACUCGAAGGUUUUCUAUUUCCCGCAAGGCCACGCUGAGCACACUCUCACCAAUAAUGUCGAUUUCUCCAUGCUGCCUAAGAUUCCAGCUCUGAUUCUCUGCCGAGUCGGCGCCGUGAAGUAUUUGGCCGACCUCGAGAGCGAUGAGGUUUAUGCUAAGAUUCGGCUGGUUCCGAUUGGGAACAAUGAGCCUGACUUUGAGGAUGCGGUUUUAGGGAGCAGUGCAUCGGAAACCGCCGAAAAGCCCACUUCGUUUGCUAAGACGUUGACUCAAUCAGAUGCCAACAAUGGUGGCGGUUUCUCUGUUCCCAGGUACUGUGCGGAGACGAUCUUCCCGCGAUUGGAUUACACGGCCGAUCCUCCUGUCCAGACCGUGAUUGCUAAGGAUGUUCAUGGUGAAACGUGGAAGUUUAGGCACAUCUAUAGGGGGACGCCAAGGAGGCAUUUGUUAACAACAGGGUGGAGCACUUUUGUGAACCAGAAGAAGCUACUCUCUCCCCCUCUGAUGCGCUCUGGGAUCGCUGAAGAUUUUGGGUUUGCAGUGAUAGCAGUAAAUGCUACUAUUCAAUUCCACUCCUAG